CCCUCUUCCCCGGAGGGAGGUGUCUUGGCUCUUCCUCGCUUUUGCACGCCCCCCCCCCCCGCCGCCGCUUCCUAUUCCCUCCCCGCGCUGUGUCACUGGGGUCUCUAUGGAGACGGGAAUCAACAGCCGAGCCUCGCCCCGCCGGCAGCGGCGCGUCUCCAAGAACCAGAGGGGUGGUGUUCUCCCCCCUUUUUUUGCAAGGCGCAGCGUAGUGGAAGGCAAGCAGGGUAAGGAGCGCGCGCGGGGGGUAAGGCGUAGCCAGGCGAGGGGGAUCCGGAGUGGGGUAAGGAGGAACCGGGGUAUCCCCAUCCCCGUGGGCAAUGCAGGCUUCUUGCAGCCGGAGGCUUGGGGAACCCCCGUCUCUCCGUUCCUCCUGCAUCCACCCACUAGGCAUGCUGACCAAACCUUUGCAUUCCGCUCCUUCCCUUCCUCUCAGUCAAUGUACCUCCGACGAUCUCUUCCCAUCACUAUGCUAAGGUUGCAAUCCCGAUUCUCUACAUGCAUACUCGGGAGGGAGUCCCAGUGACUUCAAUGGGAUUUAUUUACUUCCACGUAAACAACGGCCGCGAGGCUGUUGCUUGAUGUUUGCUGUCGCAGGGUCAUCAGGGGGUGCUGCGUCCAGGCGGGUGUUUGUGGCGGGGUCUCCCUCUGUUUUUCAGCAUUGCACCCGAGGCGAUGAUGUCACUUGGCUCCAGACUAACUAAUUCGGAAUAAUUCCUUCUCUUUCCCAGUUCCCUGUGCGUAUAUAAUAUAAAUACCGGGUACACCUCCUUCCCCUGCUUGUUUAACUAACCAGAUUGUGAGAAUGGGCAGCUUGUCAAUGGGAGCAAUCUCUGUUAGAAAUCCCUGUGUUGUGUCUGCAAACCUGGAAAUGGAGGAAUUAGCUUGGCAUCAGCUGUGCUUUGAUGAAUAUUUGACUCACUAGAUCUGCACCACAUGCCUUGAGUCGGCAGAUCCACCCAUGACUCUCUAUAAAGCUUCUUUUAGGUGCUCUUUAGUUGUUCCAGGGUAUGCAUGUUGUUAAUAGCAUUGUGGAAUAGAAAGCAGAAGAUAGCGCUCUCUGUUUAUUUUCCCCCAGUGGAAUUUAUUUAUUUGCAUAACAUAAUUUUGCAUGUCACAAAUAAGCUGCACUGAGUUCAGUGGGACUUAUUACUGGAAAAGUGUGUUUGAACUGCAGCCUUUUUUUCUUUUUGAUGGUUUUUUUUUCUUUACCUGAUGCCUUAAAUUGAUUCUCCCCCCCCCCCCAUCUCUUUUUGCAUAGAACAUGGGUGAGUUGACAUUGCUUUGUCUACCUUCUGCUCUGUUCUUUUCUAGAAUCUCUGCCCGUCAUCUGCUGAUGUAUUUUAAAAUUUGCAACCCGGGACCUCUUAACCGUUGAAACAUAACUAACCUGUGGUAAGGAAUCUUGAGUGUUCAUUCUUGCUUAGAAAUGCAGAGUUGGAUCCAGACUUGGUUGUGCUUAGAGCAGACACAUCGAAAUCAAUGGGUCUUCUUUAAGCAUGAUUAAAUCUGGGUCCUCAUCUAGUUCAGUAACCUCCAGGAGAAUCCCAGCACAGACCAAUAGGCACAAAAUGGCAAGUUAGGGGUUUCCUCUUGCCCAUCUUGGACUGUAACGUCUGUGCAGUUUAAACGUUAGUGACAAUCCCAAAUGGAUGCAUGCAGCAGCUUCCCAGGAUCAACCCCUGGCAUCUCCAGUUAAAGGUUCAGGUUGCAUGGAUUUUAUUUAUUUAUUUAAAAACAUUUCUAUAAUGCUUGAUUGUACAAAAACCUCUAAGUGGUUUACCAAAAAAAUAUAAAACGUUCAAAUUAUGAAUUAAACAUACUUAAAAACAGCUCUUGAGACCCUGCAGAGCCACUGCCACAAAGUAGUAAACAAUAGUGGGCGGGAUGGACAAAUUGUCUGACUUGGUAUACAGCUUCUAAAAGCGACUCUUCUGAUUUUUGUUUUGGAUGUUGAGAAUUCACAUAUGCACACAAAAAGCCUGAGAGAUGUUUUACAGAGGUGCUUUUGGCAUCAUGCACAACCGUGCCUUUAGCCCUCUGGUCUUGUGUAUGUCUGGAUUUACGUGCCUACAGAAAAGCGGCCAGCGAGAUGCUUUCCUUUCAGUGCCGCUGGCAUUGUUCUGGCUUGGUGAUAUCAUUUCUUAGGCUUCUGCUUCUAGCAGUUCAGCUGAACUGGCAGAAUAGAAAACUGCACCAGGCAAGCUGGCUGUAGUUCAGUGAUAGAACCUUGCAUGCAGAAGGUCUUUGGGUCAUUCGCUGGCAUCUCCAGGUAGGACAGGGAGUGACUCUGGUCUGAAGCCAAAGAGAGCCACUGCCAGUCAGUGUAGACAGCACUGAGAUGGAUGGAUCCCAGCAAAGGAGAGCCUAUCACCUCCCAAGGCAGCAUGUCCCAUUGCUGGACAGCUCUUUCUCGGAGGUUUAUCUGGAAUAUGCUUUCCUGCAAUUUCCACCCAUUAGUUUGUGCUCUGCAUUCUGAAGCAACAGUGCACAAGGCUGCUCCAUCUUCUGUGCGAAAGCCCUUUGGGAAGACCCCCGAGAGAUAGGUGAAUUUGUCGAUUUAUGUUUUUCUUGGUUUCUCAUUGUUCCAGUCAAGUUUUCCACAUUUCCACAACAGCUUAUCAACAUUUUAGUGCAAAUUUAUUCUAAUAUGCUCAUUUUUGUUUGUAAUUUUGCCUAACAUGCCUUUAUGAUUGUUAUUUUCAUUGAUCUUUGCAUUUAUAUGCAUGUUUACUACAGUAUAUGCAUUUUUGUACACAUUACAUAGGUGGAGAAUUGCAUUGCGAAAUUUGUAGAAGUGUGAAUUUUGAAGGAUAGCUGUGUUCACGUAGUGCUUUGAAGUGAUUUGGUAAGUAUGCUUUAAAUACAGUCUAAAGCAAAUUUCUCCCCAAUCCCCUACAAUGGACAAGGAUUGUAGUCCAAAACAUCUGAAGGGCACCAGGUUGGGGAUGGCCACUUUACACUAAGUAGCCAGUGUGGGGUUGGAUCAGAGGGAGCCAAAUCGGAACCACAGUGUGGAGGGAAGUGAGUUUUAACCCUCUGUCUGCAUCCCCUGUUGUUUGGACGAGAGGAAAACUCCUAUUUCAGUCAGUGGGAGCUUUCUUCCUAUUGCAAAUAGCAGUUGCCGGGGGUCUGAUUCCAGCUGGGACCACAGCAAGGGUUAAAGGGUGCAUAGGGAAUCUUUUUCAGACCAAGGACCACAUGUUCACCUGGGCAACCUUCUGAAGGUUCCAUUCCAGUGGUGGGAGGGGCCAGAAGCAAAUGUGGGUGGAGCAAUGAAUGUGCAUUUUACCCUUGUAAAGGUAAAGGGACCCCUGACCGUGAGGUCCAGUUGUGGACGACUCUGGGGUUGCGGCGCUCAUCUCGCUUUAUUGGCCGAGGGUGCCGGCGUAUGGCUUCCGGAUCAUGUGGCCAGCAUGAUUAAGCCACUUCUGGCAAACCAGAGCAACACACGGAAACGCCGUUUACCUUCCCGCCAGAGCGGUACCUAUUUAUCUACUUGCACGGGUGUGCUUUCGAACUGCUAGGUUGGCAGGAGCUGGGACCAAUCAUCAGGAGCUCACCCUGUCACGGGGAUUCGAACCGCCGACUUUCUGAUCGGCAAGCCCUAGGCUCUGUGGUUUAACCCACAGUGCCAUCCACGUCCCUUUACCUUUGUACAUUAGGCUAAUUUUUACACACACUUACUCAGCCACCUCUAACUUCCAUCCAGGCAUGCAAGAGGCAGUCAAGUACACAUUCCAGGCAGGCAGAAACUUAAGGAGGGCGUGAAGUAGGGCUAGUGAGGAGUGUGGCCUGGAGACAGGGGUGUGGUUGAGGAGGGGGUGCGCCUGGCAAGGGUUCCAAGGGCCCAACAGAGAGGCCCUUCAAUGCACUAUGUGGUAACACUGGGGAAUAUUCACAGAGCAACUAAAAAAGAGGAACGAUGUUUGGAUGUUCCAGUAUAAAGCCAGCACUAUUUCUGCAUCAAUGACAUGUUGCAAAUACACCCUGGAAAAAACACCAGUUUGGAGGAACCCUCUGUCUAAGAAGUGCAGGCCAGUCCAAUUUCCUUAAGAAUGCAGACUGGAUAAAAUUCUUGAGCAUCCCAGCUGAGGAGUUAAGAUGUUCACUGGUUGAGCUCUGAUAUACCUUUGACUUUUGCAGCCCCUGUGGGGUCCUUUCUUUAACUUGAACUGACCCUGUCAUGCCGACUGUUGAUGCCACUUAAGUUUGCAGCCAUGCAGAAGAAGAAUCAGUGCUGGGCUUUGCUAUGACAGAUACUUCCUUUUCCCCAAAGGUUGCAAUUUCUUUAGGGUUUCACUUCGAGUAGUACCAGGUACAGAAGCAGAGUGUGCCAGGAACUGUAUAGCAGGGAUGGGGAACCUCUUUCUUUCCAGAUAUUAUUAGACACCAACUCCCAUCAUCCCUGACCCUUUGCCAUGCCUUGAGAGUCUGCUGGACCUUCUGGGCAGGACUGAAUGCGUGAAAUGAAAGCAGACGAACAGCUCUAUACCAUAGUUUAAUUCUUGUAGCUUUGGAAGUAGAAACGGUGGUUUAGGUUCUAAACUACAGUCAGCACAAGCUAUGGAUGUGAUACCUUGUCUGAACUGAACCAGAUUGUUGUUUAGAUAGGUUCUGUGUUGCCCACGUAAGUUGUGUAUGUGUGUAUUUGUGUAGCUAAGAUCUCUGAAGAAGACGCAACUAGCAAGCUAAGCAUAAUGACUGACUUAGUUAGGCGUUGGCCAAAUGGUGAAAGAAUCCAUACAUACCUUGAGCAACUGUAGAAAGGCAGGGUUGGUUUUAAAUAAAUACAUUAAAUAAAUACAAGGAUUAAGAGCUGCUGCCCUCUACCUGGGUGCUUCACGAUUUAUGUGUCAAUCAUGUUUGCUGUGGCUACAACUGACGUUGCCCACAGUAAACAUGUAAAGUGUGAAGGGCAAGUGGGUGUCCCUAAAGUGCAGCUCUUUGUGUGCUAUGUCUCUGACUGUGGGGGUAGACAGAUGCCCUCUGAGAGCAAACUGCAGCAUUUAUCCCUAAACACACAGAGACGUGUACCAGGGAGUCCUGAUAGGCUGCGACUCCCUGUCUAGCAGAAGAUCCCUGAUUGGCUGCGACUGUGACUCACAACCAAUCAGGGCUCCUAUGUGAAUAAGGGAGUCACAGCCAAUCUUAGGUGCAUGCAUCUCAAUUUUUGUGUGAAAAGUGAGAAAACCUGCAGUUUGCUUUGCUCACCUGUGCAAACAUCUCUACUUCUGCAUGCCAGGGAGACAAAUUGUGGGGCCCACAGGCUGCUGUCAACCUCAAAGGGGCAUCUAAUAUAGAACAUGCCUCAAGUCUGUCAGUCAGUUUUAUUGUAUAUAGCCAAAGCCCUUUACAAAGGACAACAGAGAAUAAAAUGAAAACUUUCAAUCAUACAAUGUAGCAGUUUACAACAUAAAAUAAAUUUACAACAUUAAAAUGUAAGACAUGCACAAAGCUUCUGCUGGAGAGGGAGCCUUCAAACCAGCCUUUUGGGGAGUGUAAGGUUCAAUGUAAGUAAGUAUAAAAUGAUGCACAUUUGGGGAAAACACAUACAGGUUUGAGCUUCAAGCUUCUUGGAUGAGGGCUGCGGCAGAUAAUUUUAAAAAGUUAAAUUAUGAGUUGCUAUUCACACGGGUUACCGCGUGUGUGCCUCAGGGGUAAAGCACAUUGACCAAGGUACACUGACUGAGUUUAGUUCUCCACAUUUGCAAAGUCAAGGAUCCUGCAAUUGGAUAAGUACACAGCUGUACAUUAUUAUCAUUCUUUAAUUUAUUAUUUAUUAAAUUUCUAUACUGCCCUUUUUCCGCGGAUCACAGGGCAGUUUGCAAUAUAAAAACACAAAAUACAUAACAUAGUUACAAACAAACAGAAAUAACCCCCCUCCCACAGUUUAAAAAGCCAUAGUUUAAUAUGCCUGCAUGUUAUUGCAGUUUUCCAAAUGGCCAAACCUUCAUAAUUUGUGCCCAUCUUUUUGGGGGGGGGCAGUUGUGCACCCAGUACACCUGCUGCUGUGUACAGUGGUACCUCGGGUUACAUACGCUUCAGGUUACAGACUCCGCUAACCCAGAAAUAGUGCUUCAGGUUAAGAACUUUGCUUCAGGAUAAGAACAGAAAUCGGGCUCCGGCGGCGCGGCAGCAGCAGGAGGCCUCAUUAGCUAAAGUGGUGCUUCAGGUUAAGAACAGUUUCAGGUUAAGUACGGACCUCCGGAACGAAUUAAGUACUUAACUCGAGGUGCCACUAUAUUUCUGUGCAUGCAGAUUCAUGUACAUCCAAGUGGGGCUGUGACUUCUGUUGGAUAGGGCCUGCAGCUCCACUGCUCCUUUCCAGGAGAUACCUUCAUCCAUCAGAGGAGAAAUUUUAAGGAGAGAGAGAAAGGGAAAAAAGUUCACACGCAUGUCUAUGUCCGUUAGUGUGGAGUUAAGUACAUAUGCUAAUCCACACUAUCCUCCCCAGAGCAACCACGUCCAAGUAGCACAGCCCGCCCUUAGUAACCGUCGCCAGGCAACACAAACUGUGGCCGCCCCAGCAGCCAAGCCCACAUGCCUGUUUUUGUUUAAUGUCAGGCCGUAACUAAGAUCCUGGACCUGGCAGGCCCCCCAGGCUGGCUAGUGCCCUAAUAGCCUGCCCCGGGCAUGGGUGGAUCUUGGCAGGGAGCCCGAGCAAGGGGAUAGCUAAGGGUAAAUGUCCGUGAGAAAUGGACAGCGUUUCCCCAAAGUAGCAGUGGAUUGGGUUAAUAAUUGUGCGGGGAAAUUCCAGUUAGUGCUGGCAUUGACACAGGGCAAGCCAGGGCGUUUGCUGAGAAGAUAGGUCUGCUCUUGCUAGGCAUGGGCAAAUCUGUCCAUUUUGGUUUCCCUUGUUUCCUCAUUUUUCUAAUCUUAAGUUUAGUUCUCCACAUUUGCAUAGAUGAUUGCAAAAAUAAAUUUAAAAACUUGGGAAAAAAUCUCUCAUGAAAAUUCAUCAGCGUUUUUGUGAAGAUCUCUGCUAAUAGACACCUUUUUGCCUACAACACACAACUUUUGCAAAGCAAUUUUCCUUAACAUACUGCACUUUCCUAAUGUCCAUGUGCUGGUUUUUUUGAUUAUGACAACAAUGGUGCUCGCAUACUGAACUUCAGAAGUAGGGGGAAAGUUUAUGAUAAAUCUGAAAAAGCCAGAAGCUUCUACAGAAUGUUUGAGAAAAGUGCUCUAUCUGUGAUGUCCUGAUUUAUCUCAGGAACCAAGAAAUCUGUUCAAACAGUGCACUAAGACCAACAAUGGAGCUCAGGGAGAAAUCCAAUUUACUUUGCAUUUAAAUGUGGAUUUUUCUAAUUCACACUUUCUAAAACAAUUUGUGAACUGAAACGCAGCCAAUCCUUUGGAAAUUUGCAGUUCUCCAGAUUUUGCAAUGCAGUUCUCUAGCCAAGUGGUUGGCAUCUGUCUGUCUCGAGAGACAAUGGAUCAUGCCUCCAGGGAUGAAGGCAAACCGCUGAGUUAGCAGCACUGAAAUGACCUCCCUGGGGCACAAGCCUGAGCAGUGUAUAUGGAGGUCCUGGGCUGCCCAGAUGACAAGACCCCCCUCUCAGCCUCACUGAUGUAGUUCAAAGGAAAGCAGAGCAAUAUGUUUGGCACCAGCUUGGCUGCAGCAGUUUCCAGAAGAAGGCAUACAUGGUGCCAUCCAACCGUAUUAGAGACUCCAUUCUGGAUUUGUGUAGGGUAUAGUCCUUAGCCUUUUCUUCUCCCAAAGAUAUCCCACAAGGAAGUGGAGGCUUAGGACCAGGAUUUUCCUUCUCCUAGAAAGGUUAUCUUCCUAGGUUGACAAGCACCAUCUGCCCCCUCUUCCUUCUACAGCAUGUGCAGAAACUGGCUUCAUAACUGUCUGACCCAGUAUUGGUUUCAUCUAUACAAUCUUCUGGAGUCUGUCUUCACAUGCAGAGAAAGUCCCUAACUCACCAAGGGAUUGAGAUACAUUGGCUACCCUCACUUAGUUUAGCCAGCCUGUCAAAGUCGUUUCCUGGGGUGUGGCCGCUAUUGCAUGCUGACAGUUUUUAGGAGCCACAGGUUAGAGCUGAGUGCAGAUGGGGACCAAAAGUGAACAAACUACUCCCAAAGGAGUGCAAUGUAUCCCCCCAUCAUAGGCACUGCCCCACCCCUAGCACCCCAUACACCUCUCUAGUCAAGUAAUGUGUACUAUAAUACAUACACUAGAGUAAAGUGUUCAUAUAAUACAUACAUUACUGAAAGCAAGAUAUAAAAAUGCAUUAUAUAUGGGGAAUUUCCUUUGCAAAAAUGUGUAUAAGGAGAAAGGUGACCUAAAAUGCUGAUGAAUUUUCCUAAGGACUCCCCCCCCACUUUUAACAAAAAUUGCAAAUUGUUGCUGUGAAAAUGUGGAGAACUGAAUUCCAGUUUGGGGGAAAAUGAUAAAUGAGGGGGAAAUGAAACUGACAGAUUCCACCAUCCCUAGGUAGGGGGAAAUGUCUAGAGGAGCUUUUGGAAAUUUGUACGUGAUGGCACACACAAUGCCUGUUGCUUGGAUCUGAGCAGCCCCCUGUGUGUUUUACAGAACAUCAUGGCUGAGAGCACAGACAUGGCUUCAUUGGAGGAGAGCUUCCGAAAGUUUGCCAUCUACGGCGACACCAAAGCUACAGGGCAAGAAAUGAAUGGCAAGAACUGGGCCAAACUGUGUAAGGAUUGUAAAGUAACCGAUGGCAAAGGGGUCACCAGCACAGAUGUGGACAUUGUCUUCAGCAAGGUGAAGUAAGUGCCUGCUUCCAUCUCACUUCCUUCUGGUUCUGCUUUGUGUUGGUUCUUAAUUUACAAAACCGAGGAGACUUGGAUGGGACUGAAACCUGUGGGCAAGUCUUUGCCACAGCUCUGAAGCCCUGACCCUGGAAGCAAGAGCCCAAUGAGCUAAUUCAUAGAAACAUUAUACUAAAUCAGAUCCUUGGUACCCUAACAGGCAGGUUUCCCUCCCAUACCUGCCUCAGAUGUUGGGGAUUGAACCUGUGACCUUCUGCAUGCAAAGCAGAUGCUCUUCCACAGAGCUACAGCCCUUCCCCAGACUUCCAUUCAUAUUUUCUGUUUUACUAUAGGGCACAAAAGAUGCCUACCAGGUAAGGCCUCAUUAAGACAUGCUGAGGCCCUAAGCUAUGUCAAUUUCAAUUUUAUUUGCUGUUACAACCAUUGUGGUCAUUUCAACCACCUUCAGAAAGAAAUAUACAUCCUAUGCAUACUAUAUAGAAUGUGCAUAGAUAUACGUGUGUGUGUGUGUUGUGUGUGUGUCUAUAUAAGCUUUGCCAAGUUGAAGAGAUCCCAUAGCAUUACCACCCCCCACCCCACAAAAUUCAUAGACAACACUGAGCUAGGUGUACCAAUAGUCUAACUUGUUAUAAGGCAACUUCUUAUGCCCUGUUGAACCCCGCUCCCCUCAAGUCAAAUACUUACAGCACAAUUUUAUGCAUGUUGACUAGGAAGGAAAUCCCAUUGUGCUCAAUGGUGCUUAUUCCCUAGGGGUAACAUGCUUAGAUUUACAACUUUAACCAAAUACCUUCCUAAUCUAUUUUUUGUCUUCUGGAAAAAAUGUUUGAGAUAUUUUUGUAACACACUUGUAAAAAUAACACAGCACAUGUUUAUCUGUUUACUAAAUAUAAGUAAAAUAGAUAAACCAGAUCUCAACUGAUUAAGGGCAGUGAAUUUUUUUCUUUACUCCGAUACAUAAUUUUCCAGAUGACUUGCAUUACUGGCGACAAGGGACAGAAACUCUGCACAUGUUCAAAAACCAUUUCUGUAGCCAGACUACAAACCUAGCAGAAAACAGCCCAACCAACAAAAAAGAGGCUUAGCUUUCUGUGUCAGUGCCAAGCACCAGCUUAAAAAGACACACUCACACAGCUUCUUUGGCUCAAUGCCAGCUUCAGUUUGGCAUUGUUGUGUUUCACAUCUGUGCUUCUGGGGAGACUGAGCAGGCAUUGCUCAAUGGUGCUGUCCCGGUUUGAUUCAGCAAUAUUGGCAGGAACACUUUUGUUUGUACUGUUGAACUGCUCCAUGUCAGCUGCUGUUUGAGAAAUUAAGCCUUUGGUCCUGGCAAAAAUAAAAAAACAAACAGCUAUUGACUGCUGCUAGUGUAACUCUCUUGUAAUGGAAAGCACUUUGGCUGCAGUAGCAACAGCUACAGUUUAAUGUGGGGGGGGGGGAGAGAAAGAGAGAGAUGAGCUGGGCCAGCCCACCAGGUAUAUCUUUUCCCUCUUGAGCUGUGACCCCUCCACCUUCCCAAUAUCCCUCCUGCAGAGAGACUUAUGCCUUACUUAAAAGUUUCCAUUGCCACCAGCUGGAUUUUUUUAAAAGCUUUGUAGCAAUGACGGGAAGGGGAUUUUAAAAUUUUUUUAUUGGUGGGAUCACAGUUGGGGAGAGAAGUGAUAGACCUAACUUCUGGGCUUGCAGUGAUCUCAACAGCAAGUAAGGCCCUCUGCAGCUAUAAAUUAAUUUAACAAAAAAACAACAGUCAUAGUGGCGCACAAGUGUAAUAUGUAGACUUGUGACCCCAGGGCAGGCCCAGCUUCUGAAGGAAACUGAGACAUAGAUGCCUGGCUGUGCAUUAAGCUUAACGUGUGACUUAACCACCAGAAGCCCCAUUUCUCAGAGGUGUGUGGAAUGGUUGCAGUUAGUGGUUUGGGGAAAGCUCUUGGCAUGUUCUCAACUUAAGUCUGGUCAAAACUCAGGGACAGCUUAUACCAGGGAUGGGGAAGCUGAAUGUGGCCUCCAAGUCUCUCUGGCUCACAGGACUCUCCUCAGGCCACAGCCCUCUCCAGCCUUGCUUUGCGCCCUCCUGGACUGCUUUUGCUUGGCUAGAAUGUGUCCUGCAGCUCAGAUGACGACUCGUGCUUGUCUGGAUGGGGGAUGGAGGCAGGGAACUGUGUGUGUGAGUCUGUGUAGAAACAAGCCUGUUGUACAAAAAGUAAAAUCAGUCUCCAUUGCUCCACCCUCUUUUGCUUCUGGCUCUGCCCACCACUGGCAUGUGGCACCCAAAAGGUUGCCUAGGAGGGAAUGUAGACUUCCAGCUUGAAAAAGUUCCCCUGCCUCUGGUUUAUGCAGGCAACAGAAUCAAUAAGUAAAGCUAUUUUCUGGAUGGCGUCACCUAAAGCCACAAAUGAGGAAUUGCAUAUCUGAGUGCUCUCUCACAUACCCAAUAUUUCCCUGCAUGUAGAAAAUCAGAUUGAAGACUGGUACUUGUAGGAUAGUGGGCCUGGUCUGGAAGCACCUUUGUUGUGGUCCUUCCAAACAUACCUUUCCUCUCUGGGGGUUGAGGCCUCAAAAAGACAAUUUCUGCCAGUUUGCUGCAGAAGCUGUCAGCGUUCAGCACUGAAAGGUGUUGCCACCAGCUACCCAGUCUCUAGGACUUUUAAACAAAUGUUUCAGUUAUUCUAGCUAGUUAGCUGGUAUAUAUCAAGAUUUUCAGAGAUGUAGCCAUGUUAAGUUGCAUACACACUCCAAACCAACUUCAGUCUGAAUUGAGAAUGACCUAGCUGUGUUUUAAGCUGGUAAUGUGUACACAGUCUCUUUCUUUAAAAGCAACAAAGAUUCUUGUGGCACCUUAAAGACGAACAGUUUUAUUAUGGCAUAAGCUUCUGUGGACUACAGUCUGGUCUGGCCUGACUACAUCGGAUGAAGUGGACUCUAAUCUGCAAUGGUCACAGCACAUCUGGAGUACCAUGUCCACUUCUGUAUGGCACAACUUAAGAAGGAUGUUGACAAGCUAGAGCUUGUCCAGAAGUUGACACCCAGGAUAGAGCUGGGUAUGUUUAGCCCAGAUAAGAGGAGAUUAAGAGGAGACAUGAUAGCAGUCUUCAAAUAUCUGAAGGGAGGUCAUGUAAAAGAUGAAGCGGACUUGUGCUUUGUUGCUCCAGAGAGCAGGAAUAGAUUGAGUGGUAGAAAUUGCCCGGAACCAAAUCCCAGCUAAACAAUGGGAGGAACUUGCAAGUUCUUGUCCUUCUACAACUGGGAGCCAGGACACCCUCCUUGCAUGCUUUUGCUUGGCAGGAAUGUAUUCUUGAACUCUGAUAAUGGUUCGGGGUUGCCUGGAAGGAGGUGGUUAAGGGGUGUGAAUGUGUAUUGAAACAAGCCUACUGUACGAAGGUAGAAUUUGUAUUCAUUCCCUACCCUCUUUUGCGUCUGGCCCCACUUAUCACUGACCUGUGGCCCCUUAGAAGUUGCCUAGAAGGAAAUGUGGCCCUCAGACUGAAGAAGGUUCCCCACCCCGGGUGUAUGAGUCAGAGGGGCAAUGGUGGUUGCGAUUUGGCUCCUGAGUCCCUUGUGCCUAUUCUGUUCCAGAGGGAAGACGGCCAGAGUCAUAAACUAUGAGGAGUUCAAGAAGGCCUUGGAGGAGCUGGCCCCAAAGAGGUUUAAGGACAAAAGCAAAGAGGAAGCGUAUGAAUCCAUCUGCCAGCUGGUGGCAGGCAAAGAACCGACUAAUGUGGGCGUCACUGUGAGUAACUGCUGCCAAUGCUGGAGGAAGAAGCAGAACAGACUCCUGGUGGGAAUCCAGAAGCAGGCCAGGUUGGGUCUAGGACAGGGAUGGGGAGCCGAUGGCCUUCCAGGUGUUGCUGAACUCCAACUCCCAUCAGCGCCAGCCAGCAUGGCCUGGGAUGGUGUGUGUUGUAAACUAGUAACAUCUGGAGACCGCAGGUUCCCCACCUGAACUCCACUGAAAAGCAGCAGCUCUCCAGGGUUUCUGACCAAGGAGUUUCCCAGCCUUACCUGGAGAUUCUGUGAAUUGGACCAGGAAUUGUCUGUAUGCAAAGUGUGCAUUCUAGUAGUGAAUUGCAGCUUUCUUGUAUGGUAGGGCUUAACUCACUCUCAGUACUUCUGGACAGAUCAGUCCUUUUCCAAUUCCACAAGUGAUCGUUUAUGAACCUCUUCUAUCCCAUUAACUAGCAAAAAAGAAAGCAGUAUGGAAUUUUGUGUAUAAAUAAUAUUUCAAUACACAAUUUAUCAUAAAAUGUACAUUUACAGUGGUACCUCGGGCUAAGUAUUUAAUUCGUUCCGGAGGUCUGUUCUUAACCUGAAACUGUUCUUAACCUGAGGUACCACUUUAGCUAAUGGGGCUUCCCGCUGCUGCUGCUGUGCCGCCGCGGGAUUUCUGUUCUCAUCCUGAAGCAAAGUUCUUAACCCGAGGUACUAUUUCUGGGUUAGCGGAGUCUGUAACCUGAAGUGUCUGUAACCUGAAGCGUAUGUAACCCGAGGUACCACUGUAUAUAAAUCUUUUAUCUCAUUGUAUGUAUUUAUGUAUAGUCCAGUGCUUUUUUCUGAGGGGUACUCAAGGGAAUGCAGUACCAGCACCUUUUUUCUAGAAGAAAAGUACUGUACACAUUUUAAUGCAUUUUGUUUCAUUUUCUGAGCUGGGAACUUUAUCACAAAAUUCAGAGAAGUGUAAAAUAGGGUGGAUAACUAUGUUCCAGUCUUUAUGAUAGUACAGCAGGUAUGGAUCAGGUCAGUCUGCUUUGGAACUCAUGGAAACUGAAUUCCUUAAACACCCCCAACCAAUACAGCUCCUGCUUUUUUCCUAUGGGAGGCCCCAGGUUUAAUACCUGCAGCCCUCAUGGAGGAUUGACAAAAUCAUUGAGAAUAAGACUUAUUGAUCAUGAUGGCUAUGUUCCCUCAGGUAUCAGAGCCAGUGUGCCUCUGAAGGCCAGUCUCCAGCAGAGCACUACUGGGCUCAUGUCCUGCUUGUGGGCUUCCUACAAAAAUAACGUUGGCCAUUGUGUGUAGAGGGCGCUGAGCUGGAUAGGCCUUUGGUCUGAUCCAGGAGGGCUCUUAUGUGCCACUUGAAGGAGCCUCCAAAUUGCAAGACUGGGGAAGACCGCUACCUGCAAUGCUGGAGAGCUGUUGGUAAAGCCAGUGGUACUCUAUGUGCCAGGGAUGCGGGUGGUGCUGUGGGUUAAAUCACAGAGCCUAGAGCUUGCCGAUCAGAAGGUCGGUGGUUCGAAUCCCCGCGACGGGGUGAGCUCCCGUUGCUCGGUCCCUGCUCCUGCCAACCUAGCAGUUCAAAAGCAUGUCAAAGUGCAAGUAGAUAAAUAGGUACCGCUCUGGCGGGAAGGUAAAUGGCGUUUCCGUGCGCUGCUCUGGUUCGCCAGAAGCGGCUUAGUCAUGCUGGCCACAUGACCUGGAAGCUGUACGCCGGCUCCCUCGGCCAGUAAAGCAAGAUGAGCGCCGCAACCCCAGAGUCGGUCACGACUGGACCUAAUGGUCAGGGGUCCCUUUACCUUUACUCUAUGUGCCAGUGGUUGGACUUGGUACAAAGCAGCUCCUCAUAUUAUUGCCUAGAAUAUAGUAAAGGAGGUGGAGGUGAUGUGGAGGCCAUGUUCCGAAGUAGGGGCGAUGGUAGUCGUUGCUGAACAAAGAAUGGUUCUGACCCCCUCCCUUGUUUUUGUGAUUGGCAGAAAGCCAAGGCUGUGGGCGCGGUGGAGAGGCUCACCGACACGUCCAAGUACACAGGCUCCCACAAGGAACGUUUCGACGAGAGCGGGAAGGGCAAAGGCAAGAGCGGACGGGAGAACAUUGUGGACAACAGCGGCUACGUGUCGGCCUACAAGCACGCCGGCACUUACGAUGCCAAAGUGAAGAAAUAGGAGCAGCUGCCGCACCCGUUUGAAGGAAGGGCCACCCUAAUGACACGCCCCUUGCCCUCGUGGGGGUUCGGCUCUGCCCGGCCUCACUCCAGCCCCAGAGCAAUAGCUGGAAGGGGUGCCUGUCCUUGAAUGGUUUACGCAGCUGCAGUGUGACCCAGCCACGCACCUCGCUUCCCAAAGUUACACAAACUCAGACUUUUAUCUGCGGCACCCGCCUGCGCAGCCUACCAAAGGCCUCUACACCUCAAAUGUCUCCCUUACCUCACUCUAACCAGCCCCCUCCCCACUGCUUUCCUCUCUAGUGCUAAUAAUGGGAGUCUCCUGCACCGUAGAGAAAAUAAAAGGAAAGCUUCAUUUGUCGUGCAGCUUCUAGGGCCACAAAGCUUCUGUCAGGGCAACAAGAUGGCUUCCCAGGCUUCUAACAGCAUUUCCUCAUAGCUCUUGCUCUUCCAACCCAUGAUGAUGUCUACUUCCUGUUUGCAGGGGACCCCAGUGCUUCCAUCGGCAUCAUUUCACCGCUUUUGAUUGUAUCAGAAAAGCAGUAUAUAAAAUAAAAGUACUACUCACAAUC